UCCCGCUUUUUCAAACUGAUCUCUAGAAAAAUGCGCUACUUGAGAUCCUUUUUUUCUAUCAAGAUCAGAUUCAAUUCCGGCUUUCUAAGUCGCACAAAAUAGAGCAGUUCGAAUCCUACUAUUAUGCACCAAAACUCUUUUCAUAUCUGUCUUACUAAAGCACUAGAAUCAACCAUAAAAGAACUUCAUCUACUAAGUUAAGAUUCUGAUAAAAAAGCGGGAUUUAUACAUUAUAUAAGAUUUGAUCUCUAGGGUGCAGGUAUACACGAAACGAAGUGCUUUUUACCAGCAGUCAACAUUAAAAGAAUACUUUUUUAACAUCCAAAUUAAAUAAAUCAAAUAUGCUUUCUGAAUACGCAGUAAAAAAUAAUGUGUUGCAUUUAUUUGUCGCAGACUCUCUGAGCAGAAUGUGUCGCAAACGAAUGUGUUGCGUUUGAAGUGUCGUAGUUGCUAGGGUUCGAAAGGUGUAGUUUUAGCACGUAUGUUCUGCUCUAGGAACGAAAUCACUCCUGCCCCUGUUUUAGUGUGCUGUAGCAUUCUCCGUUGAUAUUUCUUUGCCGUCCCUGGAACCAGCGGUAGAUGUCGCUAAUAAAAGAAAAAUGUAACUCAUUUCUUUGAUUUAGUGGUUUUCUAAGGCUUGAAAUCCUUCUUUAAGCCAAAUUGAACUAAAUUGUUCGUACCUUUUGACCAUCAUCUAUGUUCAUGCAGUUUAACCUGGUCUUUAUAACCAAUUCUGUCCCUAAUUACACUCCUAAACUUAUAUCUCAACAGCUAAACUCUUUUGAGCCCAAUGCAGAAUGUGUCGUACAUGUCUCAUAGACUGUGUAGCAAUCUUAAUAGAAAAAAUGUGUCGCAGCCGAAUAUAUCGCGUUUUGUGACACAUUAUUUUUUAAUGUUUAUCUGAUACCACGUGAAUCAUUUACGAUAAGCGUAAGUUGGGACCAAAUGACUUAAUAAAAUAUUCACUUUUCACACGAAAACUCUCAGAUGAUUUAACACGUAAAAAUCGAUUUACGACGCUGUAAUCAUAUGCUGCGUAGUACUGGCGCCGUAAACGAGCGUAUUACGGCCAUAAACUGUGGCGCAAAAAGGUUGUUUACAAUUGCAGUGUUACGAAGCAUAGGAUUACAGUCAAAUUACGUCAAGUUACGGCAUUUUAAGUUAUAGUAUACGGUUGUAAUUCGCCUUAUAUGGCCAUCGUAACCAAUGACCUAGGAAAUCGAAAAACAUUGUCAACUUUCGGGUUGACAUAAAAUAUGAUCGAAAUGUACGCUCGAGUAGAUGCUGUAAUUGACGCUUAAUUCUCUUCUAUGGUUCGAAUAGUGCUAGAAUCUAUGUUCAUCAUAUAAAAGCGUACAUACUGCAUGCAGAGCUUUUGACACUUUUCUACAAGUGAUUUUUGGAAUCUGAGCUCAACUUUUUUGCUUGUGAGUAUUUGAACUUUCGGAGCAACGAAAGGAAACACAAACAUGACAAGAUGAUCGAAUCAUUAUCUAUAAGAUAAAUGCAACUAAUACACAGCCGCUUUUAUAACACCUAAACUUACAUUCCUAUUUUUUGUUUAUUAAUAAACGUUAUAUGAAAUGAGAGGCAAGUGGAGAUCAAAGUAUCCACGACAACUAAAACUUGACAUUUUUUUGUCUCUGCACGAAAAAUUUUAACAUUUUUCCUCCUGUUUUUUCUUUGACGUCAAUAAUGAAUCUCGCCUAACAAUACUAUUAACUUAGAAUCACAUAUAAGCAGACAACAGAUCGAAGUACUACGAUUAACUGAACAAUAUGAACUAUGGCAUUUUAAUCAUGGUAGUCUAAUCAGCCGUGGCUGUUUAGAACGAUGUUGUUGGACAACAUCAAAUUUGACAUGGUUUACUCCGGAUAAACACAGAAUUUUACGCCGUUUGAGUCCGAUUGAUGUAAAAUUAAUUGCUGAUCUACACUAUGGUACCUUACAAGUGCCAGAUGGAUUCAAACUACCAAAAUUAACCAAAGAACUCAUACCAUGUAUUCAACCGGGUACUGUUUUCUUUGUAGAUUCGCCAGAUAUUGAAGUAUUUUUAAAAGAUUAUCAUCAAAACAUUAAGGUUGAUUAUAUAUUAAUUACGGGCGAUUCAGAUAUUUCAGUUCCAACAAAUUUAGAAAGCAAAACAGGAAUAACUACUUCUCUUAUAGAAAAUAUAUUGGAUGGUAAAACUCAUAUUUUACAUUGGUUUGCAAUGAACUGUGAUCUCGGUUCGAAACGUCAUAAAAAAACACAACAUUUCACCUGUAUACCAAAUGGUAUUAGUCAAUGGGAGAAUCAACGAUAUAACAUGGAAAUAGCAGCGACAUUAAAGUAUUCAAAAUCCAAUGAUUAUCUACUACUCGCAUCGUUUAGUCCAGCAUCAAACGAAAAGAUUCGAAAACCAUUAUGGGAUCUAGCAUGUAAUCAAGAUGCACUAAAAAAUAUUACAAAAUGUUUCUAUGAACGUAAUAAAUCAUUACUAAACUUUUAUCAGGAUAUAGCACAAAGUCUCGAUUGUUAUCGUACCUGGGAAUCUCUUUAUUUAAACUCAAUUCCAAUUGUUCAGUCAAGUAGUCUCGAUUCGAUAUAUGACCAGUUACCCGUAUUAAUCGUCAAAAAUUAUUCUUCAACACAUCUGAAUCGAGAAUAUUUGAAUCAGAUUUAUAAUCAAAUGACAACUCAAACAUAUGAUUUAAGCAGGUUAUAUAAAGAUUAUUGGCAACAAAAAAUUCAGAGCUACAAACCAACAAGUAAUAUAUCAAUGAAUGUACGUAUUCGAUAUUACACGAUUAAAGUGUAA